AUGGACGAUCAGGACAACUCCAAGCCCGGUAGCAGGAGUCGCAGACCACCGCGGAAGCCCCAGCAGUUUAUGUUCAUUGACUCGACUGGCGCCAAUGGAGUAAACGCCAAGCCUGAUAAAAAUGUCCGCAGUUUUGUCAUGAAAUCUGCGAGAAGCAAGAAACCGUGGAGUACAAGACAAAAAGAAAAGUCUACAUCCCCAUCCGAGGACAAACCCCAGAUAUCACCAAACUCCGUUAAACCAGAGAACCAUUCCCCUACCAUCGUCUCACCAUCCUGGCAACAUGCUGCCGCGAGCCCGACGACCUGGUCUACCCCGUCCAAUCUGUCCCCUGUCAGCAGCAGGAACAGUAGUUUUGUGUCGACACGCAGCCGCAGUCAGCCCUACUUCAUCCCGCCCACAUCUUCGUGCAGCCUGUGUGACAACCCACAAUGCGCUGGCGAUGUGUGCACUCAGCCACAUGGGUCGAACCAGCUUGCGAAUUGGCGCGGAUUCGCAGUCGGCUUCGUUAACGACUUGGACUGUCUGCCUGUGCCAACGGAUAGUAACACAAGAGACCUUCUCGAGAACUGUGAGACAUUUUUACUUGUCGUGAAUACAUACGCCGUAAGCUUUGUACCAGUCGACCAGCACCACACCUCCAAUAAAGCGACCACCAAAUGGAUAUCGAGAAGCAUCUUGAGCUCGACAGGCGCACCAUUCAUCUAUGUCAUCUUCACCGCCAGUGCUUUGUACCGCCAGGCCCUAGGCGUCGCCAAUGCUCAAGAUGUACUGCAGUACAAGAUCAACGCCAUUUCCGAGAUUAAUAAGCAGCUCAGUGACAGUACAUCGCAAAUUGACGACAACAACAUUGCUGCCGUGUUCAUGCUUUUGUGCAUAGAAGAGGGUGCAGUGUCGUCGGACCAAGACGUUGAGUGGGCUACGCUGCAGAGACAGCUGCAUCUGGAUGGUCUGAAGACGAUGAUUCAGCAAAGAGGAGGUCUGUCGGCGCAUAGUGUUGCACACGCAGUAUCAACCUUCGAACGACCUUACGCCACGCUCAUGGACUCCAAUGGCCAUAUCCAACAAUACGACAUCCCCUCCUUCCGCGGCCGUCCCGCCUCAACCCGGACCCUCCGACUCUUCCACCCCCUAAAACUCGACACAGACCUCUAUGACCUCAUUUCCAACAUCGUCGUCUUCGUUGGCGACUUCAAUGUCUGGAUUGACGACAAAAGAUGUCCAGUCGAUCCCAUUGAAAUGCAAAAGCACAUCUGCCUCCUCAUCUACCGACUUUUCGACUGGUACAAGCGCGGCGAAGAAGAUCCCACACUUGACCGACAACCCGUCGACCAAAGUCUCUGCCUCGCUCUCACCAUCUUCCUUAUCAUCGCGUAUAAUCAGAACUACGGCCCGAUGGUCUACGCCGCGUCCCAGCGCCUGAAAUCGAGUCUAGAAAAAUGUCUCCUCUUCCGUUGGGGCAACGCCACCGACCUUUUGACAUGGACGCUUACGAUGGGCGGCCUCGCCACGCGCGGCUCAGAUGACUUUGAUUUCUUCAAGCAGUACAGCGUUAUGGCGUUCAGAGAACAAGGUUUCGCCGAGAACACGAAUCCAGAGGAGGUGCUAGAUCGCAUGAGAAAGUGUUUGUGGCUGAGUAAGCUGGACAAUUGGGUCAAAGAAAUGUGGGCGGAGAUGGGCAUCUGCAGGGGCGAGGAUGUGGUGGAUAUGAGCAGCCCAUCAAGCGGAAUGAAGAGCCCGGAUAGGGUCAAGAAGGAGGACAUCGUUGGAGGACUGACGAAUGAGCGUUUUUUUGCAAAGAGGCCGUAA